UCAGUUUUGAGAUAUUCUUCAAAUUUGCCGCCAUCACCUCUCCCCUCUUAUUAUGAGGCACGCCCACAGCCCUCCCCUACUUUUAUUCUUCUGUAGGAUUCUAUUCGCCCGGCUUGGUUUCUCAAAACUUAAGCCAUGGGGGCGUACAAAUAUAUGCAAGAGUUGUCCCGCAAGAAGCAGAGCGAUGUUAUGCGCUUCUUGCUCCGCAUUAGGUGUUGGCAGUAUCGUCAGCUCACAAAAAUGCACCGUGCACCCCGACCAACCCGCCCUGACAAGGCCCGUAGAUUGGGUUACAAGGCCAAGCAAGGUUUUGUCAUCUUCAGAAUUCGCAUCCGCCGUGGUGGACGCAAGCGCCCCGUUCCCAAGGGCUGCACCUAUGGCAAGCCCAAGAGCCACGGCGUCAACCAGUUGAAGCCUACCCGUAACCUCCAGGCCAUGGCUGAGGAGCGUGUUGGACGCAGGUGUGGUGGUCUUAGAGUGCUGAACUCGUACUGGGUUGCUCAGGAUUCCACUUACAAAUAUUUCGAGGUCAUCUUGCUUGACCCCAGCCACAAGGCCAUCCGUAGGGAUCCUAAAGUCAACUGGAUUUGUGGAGCUGUGCACAAGCACAGAGAAAUGCGAGGCAAGACAAGUGCUGGACGCAAGUCCAGAGGACUGGGCAAGGGACAUCGUUACACUCAGACCAUUGGAGGUUCAAGGCGCGCCUGCUGGCUGCGACGCAACUCGCUGCAGCUCCGUCGCAAGCGAUAAACUUUUUAUGUUGCGACUUCCAAUUUUCAUUAAUAAAUAUCUGUAAUGAUUCAA